CAAUUAGAAGCUUCGGUUAGUUUGCAUUGUAAUUUUAUUUAAGGAGUUUCAGUAGCAAAGUUAAACAUAUAACGAGUUGGAGGAAUACUCGUAUGUCUGCAACAAUGAACGGAACAAAUAGCGUUCAAAACAUCCCUCAAUUAGAACCUCUACCCAAUAAGAUGUUCAUAAUUCCCAAUUGGUUGAAUCAAAAUAUUUUUACAAGCAUCGUCAAAAAUGAUUAUGGAGAGUUUUCGAAAGUAACUAACUUUACUGUGACACCAGUAGCAAAAUCUGGUGAAAAUACUUCAUCGGUUAUGUUUCGGGUGACAAUUGAAGUGGACCUUUUAGAAGAUGGACCUACCAAAACUAUAUCAUUCAUCUUGAAAACAAAUCACAACGACGAUAGUAUGUUAUCACUUCUUGAAACUUUAAUGCUAUUUCCCAAAGAACAAGAAAUGUAUUCUUCAAUAAUUCCCAAAUUUGAGGCUUUGUACGAGGAUGCUGGGAAGCUAGUCAAUUUUGCCCCUAGAUCUUAUAAGUUGGCUAAUAAUCCACCAUUAGAAUAUGUUCUCUUGGAGGAUGUUUGCAGGAAGAACUUUCGAAGUGCCAAUCGACUAGUCGGUCUCGAUAUGGUGCACAUGAAACAUGCUCUGGUUAAGCUGGCUGAGUUUCAUGCUGCUUCAGCAUGUCUCCACGAACGUAAUGGUUCCUAUGGAGAACAAUUCAUGUAUUCGAUAUUUACUGAGAAAUAUCGUUCAAUUUUGACAACUCUAAAUAGUUCUGAAGUGUUUCUGAGUCAUCUGAAGAAAUGGAAGAACUGUGCUAAAUAUGCUGAGAUGUUGGCUGACAGUGACAACUAUUUAGUGGAUCGAAUCAUCCAAGCUGGAAAAUACAAUCCCAGCGAGUUCAAUGUUCUCAAUCAUGGUGACUUUUGGAGCAAUAACAUCAUGUUUCAAUACGAUGCAUUUGGAAAAAUCAAAGAAACUUGUUUUAUUGAUUUUCAAAUUGGCAAAUAUGGAAGUCCGGCUUAUGACCUUUACUACUUGAUUCUAACUUCAGCUCAAAUGAAAAUUAAACUAUCAGAAUUUGAUUAUAUGAUAAAAUUCUAUUAUGAUAAUUUAAUAGAAAAUUUAAAACUUCUAGAGUAUCAUAGACCUUUGCCGAAAUUAAGGAACUUGCAUAUUUCUUUGCUAAAACAUGGACUUUCUGCUUAUUUGAUUGUUUCACAAAUUUUACCAGUUGUGAUGUUGGAUGACAAUUCAAUUACUAAAAUUAACAAUGAAGAUGGUUUAAGGCUUAAGUCGGCUAUGUAUAGCAAUAUCAAUUACGUGAAAGCAAUGGAAGUAAUAAUGCCAUGGCUGGAUAAUCGUGGACUCUUAGAUUUUUAUAAGGACUUGUCAACUUUCACAAUUGGAGAAAAAAUAAUGUCGAUACAAAAAAAUGAAAUUGAUGAUGUUAAUCCAAACAAAAACCUCCAAAUUCCCGAAUGGAUCAAUGCAAACUACUUUCAAGGUAUUCUCGCAAAAGAUUAUCCCGAUUUUGAGAGAAUAGUAAAGUUUAUCACUAACGCUGCAACUGGACCUGGAGAAAAUUUUACAACUAUUAUGGUUCGAGUUAUAAUCGAUUUACAACUAAAAAACUCAAAAAGCCUAACAACCUCUUACAUUCUUAAAACAUCUCUUAUUAAUUCUGGGGCUUCGGAACUUUUUAUCAACAUGAAUAUUUUCCCCAAAGAAAUGGAAAUAUAUCAAAGUAUUUUACCGAAAUUCGAAAAACUCUACAAGGAAUCAUCCAGGAAAAUUGUAAAAUUUGGACCUGAAUGCAAAUUUAUCGAAGACUUUGCUGAGAGGACCAGUAUUGUUAUGGAAGAUCUAAGGCGAAAAAAAUUCAAAAACAUUAAUCGUUGUCUUGGUCUUGAUUUGUAUCACAUGGAAGAAGUUCUCAAGAAAUUAGCUCAAUUCCAUGCAGCUUCAGCUGUAAGUUUCGAACGUUUUGGUCCGUUUUCCGAACAUUUCAGUCAGUCAUUCUUUGACGAAAACAAUAGGGCCUUUUUUGAAGAACGCGGUAAAGCUCAAAGGAAGAUAUUCUUGGAUGUAAUGAAGAAGUGGGGAGGUUGUGAAAGAUAUAUGGAAAUAUGGCCAAAUUAUGAAAACAUCCUACAAUGGUUUAUUGAACAGGAAAAACCCGCCCCCAAUGAGUUUGCCGUCCUCAAUCAUGGAGAUUGUUGGUCAAAUAACAUUAUGUUUCAGUACGAUGCCAAUGCUAAAAUAAAAGAAACUUAUUUUGUGGAUUUUCAAAUGUGCAAAUGGGGCACCCCAGCUCAGGAUCUUUAUUACUUGAUAACAUCAUCGGCAGCUUAUGACGUCAAAGUGGCUGAAUUUGACAAACUUAUUAGAAUUUAUCAUGAGAAUUUGGCUGCUAAUUUGAAGAUUUUAAAGUACUCUAAAUCAAUUCCAACAUUGAAAGAUAUUCAUAUGAUAAUGAUAAAAUAUUCUUUAUGGGGCUUUUUUACGGCUAUCAAUACUAUGAUUGUGAUUCUUUUGGAUCCAAACGAAAACGCCAAUAUUGAUAGUUACAUGAAUGACGAAGAAUUUCGAGCCAGGAGUUUGAUGAAUCCUCGAUACAUUAAAGCGAUGAAGCAGUUGCUUCCAUGGUGGGAGAAUCGUGGACAAACCAUGCCAACCAAUUUCCAAACUGAGUGUGAUAUUAUUAAUCCAAAUACAUAUCUCAGCAUUCCUAAAUGCAUCACUGAAGAACUCUUUGAAAAAAACAUUAAAUCUGAUUUUCCGAACUGUUCAAAAAUUAUCAAAUUUACUCCAGUCGCUGCCCUUAGAGCUGGAGAAAAUUAUGCUUCAAAAUUAUUAAGAAUUUAUGUCGAUAUUCAACUCAACGACGGAAGCAUUGUUAAGACAUCGUACAUUAUCAAGACUGGAGCCGAAAGUGAAUACACUCGCAGCUACGUCGAUUCUAUUUAUGGAUUUCCCAAGGAUCAAGAAAUUCUCGAAGUCAUUUAUCCAACAUUUCAGCAAAUGUAUUCUGAAGUUGGUAAGAAAAUCCAAUUUGGUCCAAGUUUUAAAUUUGCCUUCGAGACUCCUGACUCUCUGAAAAUAAUUGUUAUGGAUGAUCUGCGACGACAGAAUUUCUUGAAUGUUGAUCGUCUGGAAGGUAUGGAUAUGAUACACAUGAAAUGUGUUUUGACAAAACUAGCAGCCCUACAUGCCGCUUCAGCGGUUUACUGUGAACGCUUUGGACCAUUUUCGGAAAUCCUCAGCCACAGUCUGUUUAUAGAAAAAUACAGGAACACUUUUAAAAGCUUUGGAGCUGGAUCCGAAACCAUGUUUCAAAGUCUUCUUCCCAGGUGGGGUGGCUGCGAAAAAUAUGUUCCAAUGUGGCCAAAUCCAGAUAAACUCUUCGAAUGGUACAAAAAAUCAACAACUCCUGAUCCAAAUGAAUUCAAUGUGUUGAAUCAUGGUGAUUGUUGGGUCAACAACAUAAUGUUUCAGCACAAUAACGCCACCGGAGAAGUUACGGAAACAUAUUUCAUUGAUUAUCAACUAACUUGCUAUGGCAAUCCAGCACAAGAUCUUUAUUACUUUAUCACUGCUUCUCCUAAUCAUGACUUGCGUAUUAAGGAAUUCGAUUAUUUCCUAAAAAUCUAUCAUGAAAACUUGGUAGAGAACUUAAGACUUCUAAAGUAUCAAAAGCAAAUUCCGAGUCUCAAGGACAUUCACAACUAUAUGAUCAAGUAUUCGCUGUGGAGUUUCUGGGUUGCAACAUCAAUUAUGCCACUAGUCUUGGACGAUAGCGAAAAUAACAAUAGCAAUGCAGACAUGGAAAGUUUGAUGAUUGAAACCGAAGAAUCAAAUCAAUUGAAAAUGAAACCGCGAUAUGUUAAAUUUAUGAAGCAACUUUUGCCAUGGUGGGAGAAUCGGGGAUUGUUUGAAUUUUAAAUGCAUUUCUUUAAGGCAAUAUAAUUUUUCAAAAACAUUGUUAUGUAUUUACUGUGGAGAAUUGAAAUAAAUUGUUAAGAAAAACAUGUUCUUCUAAAAACUUCCCAACUUUUGU